UGGAUGCGAGGUCGUCUGCGAUGUCUAUGCCCAGAAUGCUUCUCCGAACCAUGCCCGAUGAUCGUUUGGAUGCACCACAGUGGACUUAGUUUUCGAGAACCGCCACGCUAUCGGUACACAUAUGUUCUACUUUGGACCGAUACUAUGGUUUGUUGUAGUAAAUAUGGAUUACAGGUUGGCUCCUCAGGCGAAGACGAAGGAUUUCUAUCGAUACACGGAAGACUGCGCAAGUUGGUGUCGCCAAGUACUGCCAACCGAGCUUGGGGAUGGGUUUGUGGAUCCCGAGAAGCUGAUUAUCGGUGGAAGCAGCUGUGGUGCACAGCUAGCUUUUGACCGCUGGUCUGACCCUGCAGGCUCCGCCAAAGGCGAUCAUCAGCUUGUAUCCCAUCAAGGACCCACAAAUGAGGCUUUCACAACCCCAAUAAAGCCGAGCCCACUCCCAGGACGCACGUCUUUGAUCGUUUACGAUGAGUUCCGCCAGUUCAUUGGACCAGACGCACCUAUGGCCUCUCGCCUCGCGAUCAGUUGCAAGAUCCCGGAUUUCAGGUACUGGGGCCAAGCAAACGCCUAUUUCUACAUGCUGAAGGAAGGCAUUUACCUCGAAUCCGUGUAUGGUACAUUCAAUGAGGUGGUCACCAAUCUGAAGUGGAAUAUCCCGGUCAAUCUGACUGAGAGAUUUCCUCCGGUGUUGCGACACACGCCCAGCAAGAUCAUUUUGUGCACGAUCAGGAGAGCGAGAAGCUUUUCGAAGCGCUACAGACUAAGCGGAUGAAGCAUGAGUGGUGGAGGGUACUUGGAGAGCAUGAUCAUGGAU